AUGGAUGAAAAUGAUUGGCUGUUGUGAAAUGAAAGUCUAAGAGUUUAGUUGAGCAUUCAGUUUUUGUUAUUUCCUCUCUCUUCUUAGCUCUCCCGAAAAUUCAUGUUAUUAUACCAAACAAUACCAUCAGAGAAGGAGACAGUGUUAACUUGACUUGUAUAGUUGAUGCAGGUUUCCCUGAGUCUCAAAUACGAUGGACAAAAUAUGGUACCCUUAGAGGACAGAGCAACGCUAUUUGUCUGACCAGGGUGACAACAAAAGACCAAGGGAGGUACACCUGUGAAGCGGUCAACUCCGGAGGGUCAUCCAGUGACAGCAUUUAUGUCAAAGUCCAAGGUAACCGUAAUAAAGAGUUUAGCAGUUGCAUAUCAAGUUUAGUUUUGGAAUGAAGAUGAGGAAGUUCCAGUAAGGGACACCUAAUAAUAAUCCUGACCGGUCAGUCAGGCGUAAUGUUUCGCUUUAAUGUUUGGAAUUAGGUUGCAAAUAAUAUAAUACAAGUUUAACAACUUAGUUAACAACUAGGAGCAGAUGAGAGUUCAUUUGGCGUGGGAUUGCAUCGAUACUGUAGAAUCUUGCAGUCGAACCAUGAAUAUUUACAGUUUUCCUCUGCAAUUGGGACUGAGUAGUGGACGUAUUUUAAAUCGAUUGAUGCUAAAAUGUACGAUGGUGUAAACUUACACAAAGUAAGUAUACGCCGACGCGACCUCAUGCAAUUUCAUAGCUCGUUCUGAACCAGGUAACAACAAACAAUGGGUGUUAAUACUCAUAGCCCUGGAUAUUACAAAUUUAAGGUGGUUUGUUGUUGCUCUCGUAACCUGGAAGGCGAGCUGCAUGUAAUGUUGGAGAUACACACGCUCUUAUCUUCGCACGCUAUCUCACAUCAUGUCAAUAUUUUCACUUGGGAUCCUGACUUGAAACAUACCAAGCCUAGAGAAACUUUCUCGCUUUAACUUUUUAGUACCACCUCAACUUAAUCCCGAAAUCAAGAACCGUUCCAUUGCAUUGAACUCUGCUUUUGCAACACAUUGUUUUGAGAGGGGCGACCCACUAGUAAAGAUCAACUGGACCAAGAAUGGAGAGCGACUUGAUAACAACAACACUUUGGUUAUCAGCUAUGUAACUUUCGAGGAUGCAGGCAUUUAUGAAUGUACUGCCAAAAACCAUGCUGGGAUAGCUAAGGCUAGUUUCUCGAUUGGUGUACAUGUAACAGGUAAAUCAAAACUAUCAUUUCGUGUCAGUGUUGCCAAACACGUUGGCAAUAGUUAUCUAUCAUGUAGAAGUGAAAGGAAGAGUCUCCAGUAG